UACCAGCUUUAGAAUUGAAAACGCAGGAGAGAUCUUCUCACGCUCAACAAGUUCUGUGGUGGUGCACUUUACCGAUCCGCCCUCUCCAGUAUCCUUCCUCACAGAGAUCCAAGAUGAGAAUAACCAUUUUGAUGUUGAGCGUUUGCAUUUGGGUUGCUAUCACGUCCCUAGUCAUGGCUCUUCCCAGCCAACAUAUGAUACAAACUAGAUCCCAGAAACUUUGUGGACCCGAACUUGCCCAAGCACUCUCCAUAGUAUGUGGCGGCUUCUACUACUUUCCUCAAAAGAGGCCUGACAGUGAAUUCUUCAACAACGAACUGACUACAGUUCCCUGGUGGCGAAUGGUGAAAGAUUUACAGACACCCACUGAUGGCGGAUACCUUGACACCAAAAUGGCUAUGUCUAUGUUCCGAAAGCGAGACAGCUUAGCUCGACAGACUCGGGGUGUUUCAGACGAGUGCUGUACAAAAAGUUGUACAAUCAACGAAUUAAUGUCAUACUGCGGUUCUUCUGGCAAGAAAUAGAUGGCGCUGCAUACUACGAACAAAAACACCAUGAUUUUCACUCUCGAGUUCUUCUUCUUUAACAUGGCUAAUUUUUGGAAUUUUAACGUAGCUAAAAAAAAUAAAUAUUUGAAAUUUUAAGUGAGUUGUAUUAAAUUUUCGAGUUGUAAAAUUCUUCAGUUGAGUUUAUACAUUACUCAACAACUCCUCAGGAGGUGAGAAAUACGAGUUCGGUUGACCAUGAUUUAUCGUUUAUGUUGUAAAUGCUUCUGUGAUCAGAAAUAAAUUGUUUCAGUCUGAAUA